AUGAUCAACGCUUGCAAGACCGCCUCUGCCCGCCGUAUCACAGCUGUCAUCCCCAACUUCCCUUACGCCCGCCAAGACAAGAAGGACAAGAGCCGUGCUCCCAUCACCGCCAAGCUUAUGGCGAACAUGCUCCAGACCGCCGGCUGCAACCAUGUCAUUACUAUGGACCUGCACGCCAGUCAGAUCCAGGGCUUCUUCAACGUCCCCGUCGACAACCUGUACGCCGAGCCCAGCAUGCUCAAGUACAUCCGUGAGAACCUCGAUGUCAGCAACUGUGUCAUUGUCAGCCCCGAUGCUGGCGGUGCCAAGCGUGCUACUGCCAUCGCUGAUCGCCUGGACUUGCAAUUCGCGCUUAUUCACAAGGAACGUGCCCGUCCCAACGAGGUCUCGCGCAUGGUCCUUGUCGGCAACGUCAAGGACAAGGUCGCCAUCAUCGUCGACGAUAUGGCCGAUACCUGUGGCACUCUCGCCAAGGCUGCCGAGACUGUCAUCCAGCACGGCGCCACUGAAGUCAACGCCAUUGUCGUGCACGGUAUUCUUUCUGGCAAGGCUAUUGAGAACCUGAACGGCAGUUGCCUCAAGCGGUAUGUGCACAUUCGAAAUUCCACUCCUACGGGCCAUACAGUCUUAGAAUCACAUUUGGCUAAUAUUCCUCGCAGCAUUAUCGUCAGCAACACUGUCCCAUUGGGCGACAAGCAAGAGCGUUGCGAAAAGAUCAAGACCAUUGAUAUCAGCCCUACAUUGGCCGAGGCAUGCCGUCGUACACACAACGGCGAGUCAGUUAGCUUCUUGUUCUCGCACACUGUGGGGUAA